AUGGCCCGACUACCCUAUCCAGAUUACCACACACCACAUGCCAAAUCCCGUCCUAUCCUCAAUGUCAUGAAACUCCUCUCCCACAGCACUGCAACCGUGAAUCACUGGGCAGAUGUAGGAAACGCCCAAUUCAAAAAUCUAUCACUGUCUCCUCGAGAUCGUGAACUCGUCAUCUUGUUGACCACGUCGAAAUUCAACUCUACCUAUGAAUGGACUCAUCAUCUUCCCUUGUCACUAAAGGCUGGGGUGACCAAGAAACAGCAGUCUGCCUUGGAGGCAUGCGCUAAGCUGAAUAAUUAUUUUAUUGACGGGAAACAUGACCCGGAGGUUGGAUUCAGCGAAAAGGAUCUUAUCUUGCUUACUUUUGUGGAGACGAUUAUUCAACAGCCUGAAGUUAGUGAUGAGCUGUGGAAGCGUGUCAAGGGUACAUUCUCGGAGAGAGAAAUUGUGGAGAUCAUAUCUCUUCAGGGAUUUUACUACUCCUUUUCACGAUUAACGACUAUUCUUGAGUGCGAUUUUGAUGAAUGGGCCAAGUCCAAACUUUGA